AGAAUGUCAUAUUUCAACAUUUGUACCUGAAAUCAGAGUGAAUUGUCAGGCCACAUGGAUGAGUGCCAACCUCUGCAUUUCUGGUGUGUAUCCUGUGACCAUUCUAUCUGGGAACAUCCUUCAAAGAGUUCACGCAUCUUACCGAGGACACCUGACCUUUUGAAGCUUCAUAAUUCACACCUAGAUGCCACCAGUCUUUCCCAUGUUAACAGUUCUGACUAUGUUUUAUUAUAUGUGCCUUCGGCGCCGAGCCAGGACAGCUACAAGAGGAGAAAUGAUGAACAGCCAUAGAACUAUAGAAGCAAACAGCCGGACUUCCCCUCUCAAUGCAGAGCUGGUCCAGUAUGCCAAAGAAGUAGUGGAUUUCAGCUCCCAUUAUGGGAGUGAGAAUAGCAUGUCCUAUACCAUGUGGAACUUAGCAGGUGUACCAAACGUAUUCCCGAGUUCUGGUGACUUCACUCAGACAGCUGUGUUUCGAACGUACGGCACAUGGUGGGAUCAGUGUCCCAGUGCUCCUGUGCCAUUUAAGAGGACGCCGCCUAAUUUCCAGAGCCAAGACUAUGUGGAACUUGCUUUUGAACAACAGGUGUAUCCUACAGCCGUUCAUGUUCUGGAAACCUAUCAUCCUGGAGCAGUCAUUAGAAUUCUAGCUUGUUCUGCAAAUCCCUAUUCCGCAAGUCCACCAGCUGAAGUCAGAUGGGAGAUUCUUUGGUCAGAGAAACCUACGAAGGUGAAUGCUUCCCAGGCUCGCCAGUUUAAACCUUGUAUUAAGCAGAUAAAUUUUCCCACAAAUCUUAUACGGCUGGAAGUAAAUAGUUCUCUUCUGGAUUAUUACACUGAAUUAGAUGCAGUUGUAUUACAUGGUACAAAGGACAAGCCCGUGCUUUGUCUCAAGACUUCACUUAUUGACAUGAAUGAUCUAGAAGAUGACUAUGAAGAAAAGAAUGGAUGUGGAAUGGACAAUCUGAACAAAAAGUUUAGCAGUAUUGCCCUCAGGGAAGGGACAAGUAAUGGAUAUUUUGAUAAACUACCUUAUGAGCUCAUUCAACUGAUUCUGAAUCAUCUGACGCUACCAGACCUGUGUAGAUUAGCACAGACUUGCAAACUACUGAACCAGCAUUGCUGUGAUCCUCUGCAGUACAUCCACCUCAAUCUGCAACCAUACUGGGCAAAACUAAAUGACACCUCUCUGGAAUUUCUGCAGCCUCGCUGUACUCUCGUCCAGUGGCUUAAUUUAUCUUGGACUGGCAAUAGGGGCUUCAUCUCUGUUUCAGGAUUUAGCAGGUUUCUGAAGGUCUGUGGAUCUGAAUUAGUGCGUCUUGAAUUAUCUUGCAGCCACUUCCUUAAUGAAACUUGCUUGGAGAUUAUUUCUGAGAUGUGUCCAAAUCUACAGGACUUAAAUCUCUCAUCCUGUGAUAAACUACCACCUCAGGCUUUCAACCACAUUGCCAAAUUAUGUGGCCUUAAACGACUCGUUCUCUAUCGAACAAAAGUAGAGCAAACAGCCCUGCUCAGCGUUUUGAACUUCUGUUCAGAGCUUCAGCACCUCAGUUUAGGUAGUUGUGUCAUGAUUGAAGACUAUGACGUGAUAGCUAGCAUGAUAGGAGCCAAGUGUAAAAAACUCCGGACUCUGGAUCUGUGGAGAUGUAAGAACAUUACUGAGAACGGGAUAGCAGAGCUGGCUUCUGGGUGUCCACUUCUGGAGGAACUUGACCUCGGAUGGUGCCCUACUCUGCAGAGCAGCACCGGCUGCUUUGCCAAACUGGCACGCCAGCUUCCAAACUUGCAGAAACUCUUUCUAACAGCUAACAGGUCUGUGUGUGACACAGACAUUGAAGAACUAGCAUGUAAUUGUACCAGAUUACGCCAACUGGACAUAUUAGGAACAAGAAUGGUAAGUCCAGCAUCCUUAAGAAAACUCCUGGAAUCUUGUAAAGAUCUUUCCUUACUUGAUGUGUCCUUCUGUUCACAGAUUGAUAAUAGAGCUGUGCUAGAACUCAAUGUGAGCUUUCCAAAAGUGUUUAUAAAAAAGAGCUUUACUCAGUGACUUCAUAUAUGUCUUAUAAUAAAAUUAAUGUGCUUUUUGUAGGGUUUUGUUUUGGGGUUGAUUUUGUGUAGUUUUUAUAAUGGUGGGAAUAUCUUAAGACAUUUGUGGAUUUUAAAGAAAAAUAUGGAACUGUCCAUUAAAUCAUUAAAUCAGUGAUGUAAACAAAUGUUUUCACAAAAUAUUGUAAGCACUUUCUUUCAAGAAUAUAUGAGUGACUCAUAUUAUUUUUGUCUUAUGUUAAUCAGUGAUAUUAUGCUUUAGUCAAU